AUCUAUGUACAUAUAAGUGUGUAGUUGAAAAAUGCACGAGUAAAUACCGUUAUCAGACCCAGUGAUAUACGGUCAUUAUUCUGUUAAAUUCACGCCAGAAAUUGUACGAACCAUCCUGUGGAUUCUAUAUAAUACCACAAUGUCAUCCGACAAAAAAUUCUGUCAGACCAAUAAGUGUCUUAUGGUCAUUUUAGUGGCCCUCAUUGCGGCGAUUGCUAUCGUUUGCGUGGUGACGUUUACGGACGAGGAUGCACGUGAGAAGGCAAACAAGAAAGCAGCACUGAAGUGGUGGCAGACCAGCAUCGUGUACCAGAUAUACCCCCGAUCUUUUCAGGAUUCUGAUGGGGACGGGACAGGCGAUCUCAGAGGAAUCAGAAGCCGCCUGGGCUAUGUGUCGUCGUUGGGGGUCGGUGCAGUGUGGCUUAGUCCCUUCUAUAAGUCACCCAUGCGUGACUUUGGCUAUGAUGUACAGAACUACACGGAAGUAGACCCGCUGUUUGGAAACAUGACGGAUUUUGAGAGCCUUAUGCAAGAGGCAAAGUCAAAAAAAUUGCGUGUAAUUCUGGAUUUUGUCCCUAACCACACCAGCAAUGAGAGUUACUGGUUCUACGAAAGUGAAAGAGGAAAUCCGAAGUACAAGGACUAUUACAUAUGGAGCGACGGGUUGACUUGUCCUUCAGGGUGCACAGACACGGGAGGAAGACAACCCCCAAAUAACUGGUUGAGUGUGUUUGGAGGGUCCGCGUGGAAAUGGAAUGGAAUUAGGAACAAGUUUUACUACCACGCCUUCCUAGACUCACAGCCGGACCUCAAUCUACGAAAUGAAAAUGUUCAGAAGGAACUCGAGGAAGUACUGAGAUUCUGGUUGCGGAAGGGAGUGGACGGAUUUCGAGCGGACGCCCUGAAAUUUAUGUUUGAAGCCAAGAAUGUCUCUCAAGACGAAGUCGGUCUUCGGGACACGUUUACAUGGUAUGAAACAGAUAACCACAACCUCACGACGAACUUACCCGAUGUUUAUGAUAUUCUGAAGAAUUGGCGAGGUGUGUUAGAGGAGUUUGCUAAUGAUAAAUUCUUGAUAGCCGAGUCAUAUGGAAUUAGUAAUGAAGUCAGGAACCAAUAUUACGACCAUGGUUCGAUUCCAUUUAACUUUGCUUUGAUACAGUACCUGAACAAAAGCUGUAAUGCAUUAUGUGUGAAAUCUGUGAUCAAGAAUUCGCUGGCGGAUCUCAGUCCGAGUUACUGGCCUAACUUUGUGAUUGGAAACCAUGACAAUAGUCGAGUUGCUAACAGAUUUGGAGUGGAGAUGAUAGAUGCGUUUAACAUGCUCCUCUUAACUUUACCGGGAACCCCGACAUCAUACUACGGUGAAGAGAUCGGCAUGCGAGACACGUUCUACUCCUACAAGGAAACCAAGGACCCAGCGGGGCUCAACUUCAACGAGACUUUGUACCAGGACCACACCCGUGAUCCGGAGCGUUCCCCAAUGCAGUGGAAUGACAUACUUAACGCUGGAUUCUCAAAUGGAACACCUUGGCUACAUGUAAAUAAGAACUACAAACUGAUCAAUGUUAAGACUGAACAGCUGGCGAAGCAGUCCCACUUAAAUGUCUACACACAGCUAGCCAAACUACGCCAGAACUCCGCCUUCACGUACAACGACCUGACUUUUGUAGACGUGGAUGGCAAUCCUGAACAGAUUUUAUCCUACAUCCGCACCCAGGGAGCCGCUAAAUACCUGGUGGUGUUGAAUUUUGGACAUUCUUACGCUAAUGACGUGGACUUGAGUGAUAGCGUGGGUAGCGACAGAGGACGAAUUGUCGUAAAUGCCAUGUCGGGCUAUCUACCGAACACAACGAUAAGUCUUAAACAAAUAACAUUGUCCAGGGGACAGGGGUUGGUUGUUCAAGUUUUGUGAAGGGGGAUAACUCUGUUGUGUCAUGGAUGAGAGAGAAAGUAGGGCGAACAUUCCACUAUUCUACGGACCAAAUUUCAGUUGUGGUCGACGAGUCUCUCAUUUCUGUGAUACAAAGGAAAAUGAGUCAAAAUUCACUUUGUUUUAUACGAUAUGCAAAAUGUCAAUGUACCUGUCAGCAUUGUAUAUGGCACGCCAAAUUCACAAAAAUGAGCUAAGCAUAGUUUCACAGUUGAUAAACUAGGUUUAUCGACUGUAAACUAUACUUUACGGACCGUAAACUAUAGUUAACGACGUUAAUCUAUAUUUCACAUCUGUAAACCAUAGUUAACAGAUAAUCUAUGUUUCACAAGCGUAAACUAUAAUUAACAAUGGAAACAAUCAUUAGCGAUUGCAAAACAUAGUUUAUCUGAUAAAUACGGUUUCACGAUUGUAAACUACGGUUUAAAGUCUAAACUAUUAUUAACGAAUGUAAAUGAUAGUUUACGGUUUGUAAGAUAUAGUUUAUAGUUAUUUAAUGCGCCGAAUUCACAAAAAAGUGAUAAACACAGUUUUGUAAGAUAUAGUUUAUAGUCAUUUAAUGCGCCGAAUUCACAAAAAAGUGAUAAACACAGUUUUGUUUAAUAUAGUUUAUGAGUGAAAAUGGCAGUUAGCUAUAGUUUACGAUCAAAAACUAUAAUUAACGAAUGUUAAACAUAGUUUAUCUGAUAAAUAUAGUAAUACAAUUUGUGAAACUAGGAUUAACAAUUGUGAACUAUAGUUAACGAAUGUAAAUUAUAGUUUACAAAUGUGAAUCUGUAUUUAUCAGCACAAUCUAUUGUUAACGUUUAUUCAAAGACAGAUAAACUUGGAUUAGCAUUUGUAAACUAUAGUUUACAACCGUUAGAUAUAGUUUUACGGAUGAAAACUAUAGUUAACGAAUCGUUAACUAUAGUUUACGGUCCGUAAACUAUAGUUUACAGUCGAUAAACCAAGUUUAUCAACUGUUAAGCUAUGUUUAGCUCAUUUUUGUGAAUUUGGCGUGCCAUAAUUGCUAAACAUUCUCUGCAAAGUUUUGACAAUCGUUUUUGAAAACUGUCAGUAUAAAGUCACUUAUAUCUGCGGAAAGCGCUAACGGUACAUCUACCUUGGUAGUUUUAUCCUCAUGUGACGUCAUAGCUUUUAGCAAAACGAAAAAAUUAGAUAUUGUGUAUGUUAGAAAUGUAUUUAUUUUCUUUGGUUAUUGAUUAAAUCAAACAAAUUAAUAUAGAUUUUCUACUUUAAGUCCAUAAUAACGCAAAGUCACAUGAAGAUGGAGCAAACAUUGCAUCGUGUGGUGUGUCAUUUUGGACGGAUUUUUUAAGUAUUAAUGUACUAAGACGAGAGAGAGAGAAAGAGAGAGAGAGAGA